GAAAACCAAAUCGUGCCAAAAUAAGGAAUCCACAAACAGUUUAGGAAUUAACGGUGAAUGAUGCGUCGGGCCCUUGCAGGCGUGCUGACCUGGCGAUGGGCAGAAGUUUGGCAACAGGAGGGGACAACAAUGGAAAAGUUGUGUUUGUGAACAGGUUGGGAAAGUUUUGGCCAAAAAAGAAAAACUUAUGGCGCUUUCCCUGCACGGAUGCGUUUCGGGGAUCGACAACAUGUAAGUUUUGAUAACAGGAGGAGCACUCACCUACUUCCAAACUGAACACUUUAAUGCCUAAUCUGUUGUUUGAGGGUUUGCCAACUUUUUUUUUUUUUUUUUUUGUAAGAGUGAUUGUUGUUAGGUUUUCAUGCCUUUAGACUGCGGGGGGGAAAUGGACCACAAUUCAAAAAGGUGCUAGGAUCUGUGAUAUCCGUGAGGUUAAAGAUGUGUGCGCGUAAAAACUAACAAAGAAGAAACAAGACAUGGCAGAAAGAGAGAAGAAGAAUGUGUAUCGCAGCGUCUCUUUCAGAAAGUUGGGGUCUUUGAGCGCCAGCAACAGGAAUGAAGACCAGCAACACAAUUCAGAGGAUUUGGAGGCAGCUGGCGUCGCCCUUCCCCCGGAGCCCAGCAAAGCAGAACAGCCCUUGGCGACGCGUAAUGUCAGUGUGUCAAGAAAAGUUUCCAAAAUCUCUGCCACCACCACCACCACCGCCGGCCUCCCAACCACAGAUCUAAAGAGAGGCUCCUCCAUUCCUCUCUCCUCUAUUUCUCCAUCCAUCCGCCAGCUCACUGAGAAGUUUAGCAGCAGCGGUGGCAGCACCGACAGAGCGCACAGAGCCUCGUCGGGAAACGGUGCACCAGUAACCCGGGGGAGCAGCACUCUUCCCCGGGCAAGAAGCUGCAGGAGAGACGGGUCGCCCUCUCGUAAAUCAUUUCAUGAGGACAGCGGUGGUGGAUAUUUCCAGGAUAGUAAUACUACUACUGCAGAGUCUCCCACGGACAAAGUGCAAAAGUUCCACUCUGGCACUGACUCUGUGUCAGGGUCGGACUCAGAGAAGAAAAGUGAAAGGCGGCUUUUUGCACUGUUAUCAACCGACAGCAGCAACUCUGGUAAGAGAGAUUACUCACAGAUCAAUGCAUGUACCUCUGAUCCCAAAAAGACUUUGACUACAGAUGAGGAAGAGGAUGUUACUAGUAGAGGUGUUCCUCCGCCCUGUAAAUCUAACAGAAGUUAUCUUUCCACACACCACAAUGACUUUGUUCCCCUGAACCCUGACAAGUGGCCCAGUGUCACCAAAAUUAGACAAAUUUUUGAUGAGAGACAAGGCAAAGCUACACAGCAGCACAAGACUGACAAUUGUGAGAAUUUAAAACAGGCAGACAGAGUCCAUCCGGACCAGCUCAGCCCCUCUGAGAGUGCUCCUCUGUCGGAUAGAUGUGACAAGCUCCCACCUUGCAACUCUGCUACUCAAGCCAGAAACCCGUCUUUGCAGGAGAGAUGCAUACUUGGAGCACAAAGCAGAGAAAGUGGUACUGCUAAAGACACAUUUUAUUAUGGCAUGGACUUUAAUUCCAAAGCUGACCACCAGCAGUACUCAAAUGAUGAGGAGGCAGAUGUAGAGACGCUCGGUUUGAGUAACAACAAAGUUGCUGGUAGAAAUACUUUUCAAAGCAGUAGCAGCAUUCGUAGGAUUAACUCAUCUCCAUACAGAUCUCGCAGUCCCAGCACUGAGGCAGAGGCUUUCUGUAAGAGCCCCAGGACGACAGGGUUGACAUCUGACCCCAACCCUGACCUUCAACCCCCUGCUACUUCUUCUUGGAGCAGUUCGGUGAGCCUAGACACCUCCUCCUGCUCCUCCUCUCUUCAGCAGCCGACAGUGAGGGAGAGAAGGGAUAGACAGGGGGUCGGGCUGCCCAGGGAUAGUUUACAUUCCUCACAUAGCUCCUCUAGAGUGCAGGCCCCCACCUCCUCCUCCCCCUUCUCUGCUCCAGCUCCAGAUAAAGCCAUUACCUCCUCCUCCUCUACUGUAGCUCCCUCCACUGAGCUAAGAGCCUCAGCAAGAGUUACCUCUCCCCUCAGCUCCCUCUGGAAGUUUAGCUCUGGAGACGAAGAGGAGGAGCACGCCAGGAGAAGAAGAGGAGGAGGAGGAGGUUGGAGUGCUCCCUCUGGCCCUCUUCCUUCCAUCUCCUACAGAGGAGGAGAGAGGGGCACCACAGAGAGAGGGGGCAGUUAUUUAUCACGCAGUAAAAAUGGCUGGUGGGGUGCUAAGGGCAUUGGCAGGUCUUCAGGCAGUGAAGAAGACAGCCCUGGUUCUUUAGGGCCCCCCAGUAGAGAGGCAGUGCGCCGCCGCUCACUGAGAAAGAAGAAAAAGGUCAGUGGUGUUGCUCUAGCAACAGGCCGUGAUGAUUUUGAUGAUCAUGAUGGCGAAUCAGAAGACAGCGACAGUGACACAGGCUUGACCAUGGAGCACUUAGAGAGGCACCAUCAGCAGAACACAGGAGGAGAGUUUGUGGGUACAGCAUCUCGAAGUCACUUGACAAGACAGCCCAGCAGUAAUAGAGCCAGGGUGCAGCAAUGGGAGCGCAUCUCCUCACCAGUGGCAUCCACAACACUCCCUGGUGUAUCACGUGUCUCAAAGGUUAACAUUCCCCCUUUUGUUUCCAGUCCUGGUGAUUCCCAUUGUAGCAGCCGAUACUCCAGCACUGAGACUCUGAAGGAGGAGGACCAGGCUGGCUGUGCCAACCGUUCAGCAAAUGUGUUUUUUAACAGUAGCGGAGCAGGAGGCAGCAGAACUGCAUCCUCAUCCGUGCUGAGUAAAACUUACCAUGGUAAUUUUACCAUGUACCGCUCCCCUAGCUUUGGUCAUGGAGACCACUUCUCCCGUAACCCUGUGCGGGUGCGCCCCAAGAUUGUUCCUGCAGUUACUUCCUCCUCCAGUGUACUUGCCAGAGAAGGUGGGGUAUCUGCAGGGGUUAGGGGUGGUGAGACAGUGGCAUUAAGGAGGACAACAGGUGGGGAGAGCGUAGAUGAAAAAGAUAAGAAUCGGAUAUCCAUGUCCAACCCUGAUAUCGCAUCAGAAACAAUGACACUCUUAAGCUUCCUAAAAUCUGACCUGUCAGAGCUCAGGGUGCGGAAAACAAGUGAGGGGGACAGAUCCGGGGCUGCAGAAGGGUCAUCAGUGUACAGGAUGGGCUCACGGAGUCAUGGUGGCACCCUCUUGCCUUCUGGUCGCCGUCCUUCAUUGAAAGACUUGACCGCCACCUUGCGGCGUGCAAAAUCUUUCACUUAUUCAGACAAACCCACAACACCUGUGAGGUGUUAUUUGACAGUAGGUGCCACCAAGAGAAGCUCCUCUGAGCAACAACUUGACUUGGAUGGAGAAGGAGAUGGAGGGAGGGUGUCUGUGUCAGACAGGGAAGUAGAAAGUGAUGGAGGUGGCUCUAGGGUCAGAAGAGGACAAAGGCUGAGGGAUUAUGGAUAUGAUGAUGAUGAGGUGAUGCCAACUCCACUGCAGGAGAGGUAUGUGCAGGAAGCCAGGCAGGUUAUUCGAGAUAUCUGCCAGAUGAGCACUAGAGAUGAUGAUGAUGUUGAUAUAAGGAGAACUGUGGAUGACUUGGAGGAUGAAUGUUUCCAGGUCAAGAAAACAAACGAGGAGAGGGAAAAAGCCAGAGUGAGAGUUAAGGAUGAGGCGAAGGCAGAUCAAGAGUCUGAGUUUAAAAACACAAAGGAUAGGGAUAAACAUGAGAGGGAGAGAGAGAACAGAGAGAGGGAGAGGAGCGAGAGGGAUGGACAAAGUAUGCAGUUGGAAAAGCUAAACAGCAGGGGCACAGAGUACAGGGAGAAGGCAAAGAGGCAGAGCAGAGAGACUGAGAGAGCCUUACUGAAGGGCGACUCGGAGGAAAGCAUGUUCUACGACCGCUCUGUGGAUGAACUUUCAGGCCAUGAGUCUAGCUUAACGGAUGAAGGGAUUGUGACAGAGCCAGAAACAGGCCCCAGUGACCCUUCUGAGAGGUCUUUUUUGGGGUCAGCGGGGGUUAAUUUGGGGUCACGAAUUGCUAGGGAUGUGCUGGGGCAGCCUGUCACCGUAUGGAAGCAGUCGGCUCUCCAUGAGGUGGAAGGGUUUAAGCAGGAAAGAGAGGAGAUGACGGAGAACAGCGUGAGUUGUGCAAAUCGUCUGAAUGAAGUCAGCGCACCUCCCUCCUUGCCUCAUGCUGCCUGUAUGGCUGAGAGUGAUAGCAUUAUCAUGGACUUGAGCACCACCGCUGGUAUCAACAGUGUCAACGCUACCAACGAGGUGAUCAACACCAACAAUGCCGUGUCGCAGGGGUCAACAGGCACUGCAGGAGGAGCCGAAGCCCCUGCGACCCCCAGUGCAAUGCGUCGAAGGCGCAAGUUCUCUCCUUCUGGUAAUAACAACACAGGCUCUGAUUCGAGUAAUGGCAGUAAUGCAGAGUCACCGAUGGUAUCUGUUGGAAAUGGAGAGUCCACAGUCUACCGCUCCCUCAGUGACCCCAUGCCUCAGCGGCGCUGUUCUGUUGCAGAGGAAGGGAACAGCAAUUUUUCCUCUGUAGACAGCAACCUAUUAGGAUCUCUGUCAGUCAAAGGAGGAGGAGGCGGUGCCCCAGAGUCCUCUGCUGUGGCCACCCUGUCAGAAUAUAAAGGUAGUGUGGCCAGUGACUUGUCGGUAUACAGUGAUGGUGGACUCCGUGAUGAUGUUGUAAGUGACUACAGUGGGGUGAUCAGGAGCAUUGUCGCUGAGCCAGGUGCAAUGGACAGACUGAUGACUGAUGACCAUAGCAAUGGCAAAGCUCCCAAGAAGAAAUCAUUCAGUGACCCCAGUCGUCGUAGCGAUGCCCCUUUACUUUUGCAGAAUGACCCUCAGUUCAAAGGUCAGUCUGGCAGUGCUGAGCCAAUCGUUGAGCUGGAUCAGCUGGGACAGAUUCCUCCUUCCAGCAGUGAGCCAAUCCUGAGCGAGCAGAGAGAGAAACUGUGGCAGGUGGAAAGUGAGCCAAAACAUGCAUUGCCAACACAGUCGCAUCACUUUCAUCACGGAAAUAGCAACACUAAAGUUCAGAAGCCUCGCUCCAAAUCAGAAUGCACCUCUGAUAAUCAGGAUGAUGAAGAUGCUGAUGUAAUAGACCAAGGUGUAGCAGAGAAAGAUGAAGAGGAGAAUAAGUUUAACUUUGACCUAAAGCUCGCUGGGGUUCUGUCCCCUAGAAUGGUUCGUCGGCCCUCCAGAAAGCGUCCAAACAGGUUGGCUCAGUUUUACCCUCACGAGGACCCAUUUGAUCUCCCAGAACAGGGUUCAGAGGAGCAGGGGGAUCUCAGGGAGUCGACUGACUUCACACCUCCUCUUCCUCCUCCCCAAUCCCAAUCCAAACCCAAAACCAGAUCCAAGCACGUCCGCCAUGCCAGUGAACCUGCCACCUUUAUACCUAUCUCCCCACCUCCACAUCUACAGCCAGUGAAGGAAGGGGACUGUCUCGCAGAGCCUCCAAGUAAACUUCCAGCAGACGAGGCCCCGUCUCUGGAGGAUGUGACCCAGAAAUAUAUUCUGGAACUGAGCGCCCCUGAGAGAGGGACUGAGGGCCCAGUGCCUCUGCCAGGUGCCAGGGAUGGAGCUGAAGUUGCGGUGUCGGCAUCGGAGGGGCCCAGUGAGACCGGCACAAGUGGAAUUACAGAAGCUGGCCCACAAAAGAAGGCUACAGAAGAUACUCCAUCCACGCCUAUCCCGCAGAGGACCAAGCCCAGAGUGGACAUGAGGAGACAUGUGAUGAUGACCCUCCUGGAUACAGAACAGUCAUAUGUGGAGUCACUACGCACCCUCAUACAGGGCUACAUGCGUCCUCUCAAACAGCCGGACAGCGGCUCCAUAGUGGACCCGCUGCUGGUGGAUGAAAUGUUCUACCAGAUCCCUGAGAUCCUGGAGCACCACGAGCACUUCCUGGAGCAGGUCGUAGGCUGCGUCAGCCAAUGGCACGACAGGCAGACCGUUGGACACCUCCUCAUCCAGUCGUUCUCCAAAGAGACUCUUGCCAAUAUGUACUCAGCCUACAUUGACAACUUUCUCAACGCAAAAGAUGCUGUGAGGAUUGCAAAGGAGGCCAAACCAGCAUUUCACAAGUUUCUGGAGCAAAACAUGCGUGAGAACAAGGAGAAGCAAGCUCUGGGUGAUCUGAUGAUUAAGCCGGUCCAGAGGAUUCCUCGAUAUGAGCUGCUGGUUAAGGACCUGCUCAAGCAUACUUCAGAGGACCACCCGGACCACUGUUUGCUGCUAGACGCCCAGAGGAACAUCAAGCGAUUGGCUGAGAAGAUCAAUAAGGGCCGUCGCUCUGCUGAGGAGGCGGAGAGGGAGGCCAGAGUUAUCCAGGAGAUCGAGGCACAUAUAGAGGGCGUCGAACAUAUUUUGAACCCCCAGAGGAAGUUUCUGAGACAGGAAAUUGUCAUGGAGGCGAAGACAGUUGGUGGGAAGAAGGACCGUUCGCUCUUCCUCUUCAGUGAUCUGAUUAUCUGCACCACUCUCAAGAGGAAGUCUGGCUCAUUAAGACGCAGCUCCAUGAGCCUAUACUCUGCUGCAAGUAUGAUUGAUACGUCCAGUAAAUACAAGUUCCUGUGGAAGCUUCCUCUAGAGGACGUGGAGGUGGUGAAAAGCUCCGCUCAGGCAAAUAACAAGGAGAGCAUCCAGAAGAUGAUUAGCCGAUUAGACGAAGAUCUCAGCACACUGGGUCAGAUCAGCAAACUGUCCGAGACCAUCAGCUUUCCACACCAGUCCCUAGAUGAUGCGAUAAAGGAUCUGAUGGCGUCGGUGCACAGGGAGCUGUCAGAGAAGCAGUCUUUGGCCUUCAGUAUGACCUUCCUGCCCACCAAACUGGAGUUUACCACAGUCUCCGCUGAGAGCACCUUUAUCUUCGAAUUCAGCUCUCCUGACACUCGCUCCAACUUUGAACAGGCCUUUGAGGAAGCCAAGAAGAAGCUAGCUAUGAAUAAGGACCAAUGGGACCCCGAGUUUCUGAAGGCCAUUCCUAUUAUGAAGACACGCAGUGGAAUGCAGUUUUCAUGCGCCUCUCCCAGUCACAGCUGCCCUGAUAGUGGCUGUGAGGUGUGGGUGUGUAACAGUGAUGGAUACGUGGGACAGGUGUGUCUGUUGAACAUCAAAGAUGAGCCCACAGUGGAGGCCUGUAUCGCUGUCUGCUCAGCGAGGAUCAUCUGUAUUGCUGCUGUACCAGGACUGAAGGGGAGGGACCGUGGAUCAGAGUCCGCCCCUCCCCCCGCAGCACCUGGCCACACCCAGCAGCAGCUGCAUAUAUCUAUCUCUCACUCAUCACUAGAGCUGACAGAGCAACCCACGGGACCAGGGGCAGAGCUCGUCCCAUUUGACAGCGAUGAUACUGAUGAUGAGGAUUCACCCAGCCCUUCUUCUACCCUACAGAGUCAGGCCAGUCACUCCACCAUAUCAUCCAGCUAUGGCAAUGACGAGGGCCCAGGCUCAAAAGACAUGGCUACAGAGACUACCAGCAGCGAGGAGGAGCAGGAGUUCCCAGUGGCAAGUUCCUAUGGUCCUCCGGGAAUGUUAGGGGUUGAUGGAGGAGGCCGUGCCCAUCCAGAGAGCCCCAUGGAUGGUCGCGCCAUGCGCCGCUCCUCCCGGGGCUCGUUCACCAGGGCAAGCCUGGAGGACCUGCUCAGCAUCGACCCCGAGGCCUACCAGAGCUCUGUGUGGCUUGGCACAGAGGAUGGAUGCAUCCACGUGUACCAGUCCUCAGACAACAUCCGCAACCGUAAAAACAGCAUGAAGAUACAACAUGCAGCUUCCAUCCUAUGUAUACUGUAUUUGGACAACAAAGUAUUUGUGUCAUUGGCCAAUGGAGAGGUUAUUGUCUAUCAGAGAGAAGCAGGAAGUUUCUGGGACCCUCAGUCUUCCCAGACAUUAGUUCUGGGCACGGCCAUCAGUCCUGUCACCAAAAUGGUUCCUGUGGGAGGGAAGCUUUGGUGUGGCUCACAGAACAAAAUCUUAAUUAUCAACACAACUACACUGGUACAAGAGCACUGGUUCCAGGUGGGCACAGACAGCAGCCGGUGUGUGACGUGCAUGGUGGCGUACGGUCAAGGUGUGUGGUUGGCGUUGCAGGGCAGUGCACAUGUCAAAUUGUACCACGCUCAAACCUGGGAGAGCCUGACAGAGGUUGAUGUGGCGCCAGCUGUGCACAAGAUGCUCGCAGGCGCAGAUGCAAUCAUCAGACAGCACAAGGCCGCCUGUCUGAGAAUCACAGCUCUACUGGCUUGUAAGGAUCUGCUGUGGAUCGGCACCAGUGCAGGGGUGGUCCUCACGCUAGCUAUCCCGGCAGUGACCUCGGGAACAGGAGCUGGCACACUGAAAUCCCCCCUGGUGCCGAUGGGCUCUGCUCACGGACACACGGGCCACGUUCGGUUCCUUACAUCCAUCGAACUACCGGAAGGUUUUGACAUGAACUUCCCUCCUCCAGCAUCUGAUUCUACAGGCAACCAAUCCCAGAGCAGCAGCACAGUUGAGGGGAGUCUACAAAGGCGUGACUCCACUCGCCGCAGAGCCUCCGCCCACCUUCCUCCAAAAAACAAUCAUCUAGUCAUAUCCGGUGGUGAUGGCUAUGAGGACUUCAGACUCACCAAUAGCAGUGAAACAGUCGGACGGGAUGACAGUACCAACCAUCUUUUGCUUUGGAGGGUCUGAGACAUUCGUCCCAUCUCUUGCUGAGAACAGCGCACAAGCCCUGUCCUUUCCCCCCAAUCGGACUCCUCACUUUUUGGUGUUGUUUUAGUCUUCUGCUCGGUCCACCAGUCUCUAUGUGCAUAUGGCUGUCAACCCCCUCUUGGACUUACUAAUGAAUAUGAUCACUUCGACCCCAGUUUUCUUGUGUUAAUGUUCCUGGUGGCGUGCGUUGUUCCACACUGAGUGGUGUUUGUGCGUGUGUGUUUUUUGCUUUUUUGGCAUUGGAUGUAUUCCAAUGUGUUUGGUCAUUGAACUCAAGUCCUCACUGAAAGAGACAGAAGAAGACAGAGAAGGGAAAAAAUGUAUUGAGCAUGUCUUCAAGCUUGACAGAUGGAUGUAAGGUGAGAACAAGUGAAGAAAAGACGGACAGAAGAGGAUUUUCACUCUGCAGGAUGCCAUUGCACAGAAGGUUGAAAGAAUACAUUUAAGUGUAAUGAGACAUGAUUAAAGCAUGUUUCUCUGGGUUUUUUUUUUUGGGGGGGGGGGGGUUAGUUUAAUUUUUUUGGACUUGGACAUCAACCCUUUACUGCCUCAUCACUUCAUCCCAACCUGACCUGAAAACAAAAAGCCUCCAGUUAAUCACAUGUCAUAAUAAAAUAUAUCUAAUGAAUGGAAAUUAAGUGAUACAUACCAACACAGAUUGUAGUUUGAUGAGUUUCUGAAUUCUGGAUUUGCGUUGAUUUUAAGCUUAGCAGAGAGAUUCAGUUACGGUCUACAAGCUUUUAAAGGAGUAAAAGAGGAACUGGUUUGGCUCUUUCAACCUGAUUGGCCAGCCACAUGCCUGGGUGACAACCCAUAAUGGCAGAUCUGAGACCAAACCUUUCUGGGCCAAGCAGGGAUGUAAUGACAUCGACUCUACUCGACAGCUAAAAUCAUCCUUUCCCAUGAUCAUCUAGAAGCAGAUUCAAUAUGAUUUAAGUGCAAUAUGUGGCAAGGGUAUCUAACAAGACUAUAAACAAAUACAUACACUCACACACAUUCAUUUCACAGCCUUUCAUUCCCUAAAUUAGUAGACAUAUGUGAAAAGACAUUUGUGUGUUUUCCACGGAUAAUUACGUCAUAUCUGUUUUUCUUAUUUAAUUUUUUCAGCCAGUUUUAAGAUGACAUGAUUGUAGAUGGUGCAUUGUCCCUUUGUCUGGUAGAGGAAAAGGUGCAUUGGAGACAUUCCUCCUUAACAUGACUAUGCCAAAGCUUUGUAUGUGUUAGUUUCUUUGACAUUAAGGGAUCUGAAAGGAUUUCUUAUGCCAUGAAAUUUCACUUUGUUGAGUGUUCUUCUAGUCAGGAAGGAAAUCAGGACGUGCGUUGCUGAUUUCUAUUGCAGGCUCUUUUCAAGAUGAUGCUGUAGGCUGUGGUAGCAGAUAAAAGAUAGUUAUGUACAGUAUUUAUGGUUUUUGAUUUUAGCGCCUCCUUUUACAGCACUUAAUUUAUAGAAAAUGUAGCUUUCAAUAUUUCUUUUUGAGUUGAAGAACAAGGAGUCCCCCGCUUGAUUACUAGAGUGGAAAGAUAGGCGGCUUUGGGCUCAGGCAAACAGAAACUAGGGGACUUACUAUACAGUCCACUCAUGUUAAGAUUUGCUUGAUUAUUUCAAUAAUUUUUCAACUUCACAAUGCAUAUCGUAGCAUUUUUGUCACAUAACAGUAUUGUUUCACCCCUAAUGUACACAAACACUGAUUUCAGUAUUGAUUGUAGUUGUAAACAAGACGGAUGUAGGUUUGUGGGGAAAGGGAGUGCUCGAGAUACAGAGUAGGUCAGGAGUACAAAUGCUGAGCACCUGCACGUGCCUUCAGAAGGUUAAAAGUUAAGCCAUUUUACACACACACACACACACACACACACACACACACACACACACACACACACACACACAACAAACACAGUGAAAAGUCAGCUUUCCAUCUGUCCAUCAGCAGAUGACUGUAGUAGUGAAGGAUGACUUGUCCUUGCACAAACCUUAGCCUCAGUCUUUGGGGCUAAGCAGUGAUUGGUUUUGAUCCCUUCAAGACUAGAAAAACCUCACUCCACCUUGCCAGCCAUCUGGGCACUUCACCUUAGCUUUCCCACUUCUAAAUGCAUCAAUGUUAACUUAUCCACUGUGAGAGGUGCUAGCAGUUAAGAGGAUUAGCUUGCUAUUGUGAUAGCUGCUUACUAGCUAAGUGAGCUCUUUGCCUCUGAAAAGUGAAAAGGCCGGUUUGUGCAACUCUUCCACAAGUGCUCUGUUAUUUGGAGCUUCUUUGUGAUUUUUUUGCCCACGAUUGAAGCAAAACUCUGUUUAGCUUGUGGUUGCUUGCAAAAAAUGCAACGGGGGAAUGCAAAUGUUAUAAGAGGUUUGACAUUUUGGGAAAUAUACUUGUUGACUGUUGAAUGAGAAGAUUCUUGUCGGUACAGUAAAUAUCAAGCUACAGCUAGACACAAGUUAGCUUAGUGUUGCAUAAAGAUUGGAAACAAAAGGAAACAGCAAGCCUACUAUGUCCAAAGAAAACUAAAUCUGCCUACCAGCACCUCAAAAACUCACUAUUUAAAACAUAGCAUCUUGUUUGUUUAAUUUGUACAGAAACGGAUGUGUAGAAACAGUGGUAUCAAUUUUUUCAUCUAAUUCUCAGAAGGAAAGCUUCUGAGACAUUUAACUUCUCAAAAUGUCAAAUUAUUCCUUUAAUGUUCUCUAACAUUAACAUGGCAGACAUGUUUUUUUAUCUUCUGUAUGAUUCACAACAACUCUUAUGUUUAUGUUUUCAGUGCCAAAAGCUGUCAAUUCACCCUAUGAAAAUGCUGUAUACCCAUGCUGGCUGCAAGGCCUUGGGGAGUGCCAUCUGUUUUCUGUGAACAAUGAAAGAAAAGAAUUGUGGGUGUUUAGAGCGACAUCUGUGUGCAAUCUGUCCUUAUACCUGCACUUUUAAAGCAGCGUUUGUCAAACUGUGAGUUGGGCUGUUACAAAAAAAACAAAACAAAACAAGGAUAAUGGCCCCUCAAUGGUCAAUAAUGUGUUUUCUGGGUGUCACAAAACAAUGUUGUGUCAUAUGCUGAAAACAUGUUUGACAAGUAUGUUUGAUAGCCCAUGUUUUCCUACAAUAAGUCGCUAACAUAGUUUGAAUGAAUAACUUUAAAUUCAGUUGAUUCAGGAGGUGUAGUAAAUUCUUUCUUUAAAAUCUGAAAAACUAUAUUUGCCUUAAGUAUAUAUUUUUACAUUUCAGGUGAUGAACCCAGUAAAAUUAAACUUGUAAUUUUAGACACACACACACACACACACACACACACACACACACACACACACACACACACACACACACACACACACACACACACACACACGUACACUCUUAGAUAUGAAGUAAAACUGAUCUUAACCUCCAUGCUCAUUUGACCAGGAUUGAGAGAGAAAUAAGCAUGUUGUGUGCCAGUUAAAGGAACAGAAGAUUUAUACUUCACUCUCACCAUCACAUGAAACUCAUCCUAUCAUCACUGUAACUCUAAGCAACUUGUAACUAACCUCCUCAUGCCCAUAUGUGGACGAAGUCUUUAUUGUUGUAAAUAUUGGUAUAUAUUGCCUUUUUUUUUGUAAAUAGUGCACCCACGGUCCUCAAUUGUUGAUAUGAAUCUAAUGGCAUAUUUUUAUAUAUUUGUGUAAGGUUUGUUUGUAUUUUUUUUCUCCUUCUGGCAUGCGCUGUCAGUCACAUUUAAAUUAUAGCUGCCAUCUUUCCAAAAAGAAUACAAGAUGGCCUCUGUUGUCACCAGAGCGACCAAAAAGAUAGAUGGCUGUUUUCACCGGUAGCCAUGUUGCCUCUUAAACUUUUAUGUUUGCCUUGUUGCGGAUGUCUACGAGAGGGAAAACAACGUGGCAGACCCCCGGUACUGCCACCUGGUCAUAACUCUGUUUAGCUCUGGGUCUGGUUGACGUCUUGCAGUUGUCACAGUUUCAGUCUAUAAGAGUUACUUCCUGUAUGUAGCUGUUCUUGUUUUGUCACUGUGGGUUCCUCUUUGUAAUUAAAUCA